UGGCGCGGGUCGGACGUGUUCUGAGGAGACGAAGCCGGACAGAUAUACUGUUUAUUGUUUUUAGCCAUCAAAAUAAGCUAAUAAAACAAAGUGCAUUUGGCAAAUGGCUAAUGGCAGUGGCAAAAGUCAAAGCCAAAGCCACAGCUCCAAGCUCCAAGCUCCGAGGGGAGCUGAAAUUAGCAAAACAAAUAAAUAAUGCAUAACAAUGUUUGUACGUGUUUGAAAGUAAUUAGGCAACAGCAACAAGCACGAUGCCCAUGCUGGCCCAUUUUGACCCACAUCAGUGAGACGAGCUAAUAUAUAUUUGAUGGCAAGGGAGUCCUGGCAGGGGAGUCCUGGCCUAUGUUUGCAUUUAUGCAAAUAGUUCAAUCUGCAGGCGAUUGAGUGGCAAACAGUUCAGUUCAGUGUGCACGUGCCGAAAGUGUUAAACUGUGCCAAACAUAACCAGCAAACAGGCAAUUUAAAUAGCCAGUGCAAAAAGCCUCAAUAAAUACAACAGUGUGUGUAGUGUGUGUGUGUGCGUGUGGCUAGUAGCCAAAAAUCAAUUACAAUUUAUUGGACGAGCAUGCAACCACAAAAACGCGUCUGAAACAAUGCCUCAAUCAGAAGCUUCAACAGCCCCCUGGCUAUGCAAAUUAGUGUUUUUAGCGAUUUUGCUCCCGCUGAGUGUCGCAGAUGCCCUACUGCUGCAGUGCCCGCUGCAUCAAAUGCAGUUGCAGAAAAUCGUAGGAUUCCGGCCGCCACUGGAGUAUCUGGGCGAGGGAAACCUGAUCUACGCUCCGCCCGCCACCCCAGCCACCAACUUCAAGGACCGCAGCCGACGGGAGGGACAGGAUCGGCAGGACGAGACUCCAGCUAGCCAGGUGUGCUGGCGCAUCUGCAACGAGGAUCCCGACUGCAUCGCCUACGUCCAUCUGCUGGACACGGACGAGUGUCACGGGUACUCCUAUUUUGAACGCAGCUCGCGCUAUUUGCCGAUUUCCGGGGAACUGCCACUGGUGGCCGAUGCCGAGGCCGUGUUCUACGAAAAGACCUGCCUCCGAGUUCCCGAUGCGUGCCGGGGCCGCCUCUGGGCGCUGACCAAAAUUCCCGGUAGCACUCUGGUGUUCCAGAGCAAGAAGACCAUUCAGACCUUGGUCACGCGGCGUGAGUGCGCCGAAAGCUGCUUCUUCGAAAACGAAUUUAGAUGCCUCUCCGCCUCCUUUGCCCCCUCGUAUCGGAACAAUCGUGAGCGGUUUCGUGGCGCAGAGGGCACCCUGCCCGGACAGAACCCCUCGCCACGCCUAGGACGGUGUAUGCUGAGUGACAGGGACAAGACCAUCCAGCCGGACGCCUUCCGGGCAGCUCCCUACGACGAGGAGUAUAUGGAGAACCAGUGCCACGAGCGCGAGGUCGAGAGCGACAACUGCUCGUAUGAGCUGUACGCCAACAGCAGCUUCAUCUACGCGGAGGCCAGGUAUUUGGGCCUCACCCAGAAAGAGUGUCAGGCCCUGUGCUCGCAUGAGUCGAAAUUCUACUGCCAGGGGGUCUCCUUCUACUAUGUGAACCAGGUCUCAUUAUCCGAGUGUCUCUUGCACUCGGAGGACAUCGUGUCGCUGGGUCCACGCAGCCUCAAACUGAGGGAAAACUCAGUGUACAUGCGAAGAGUCAAGUGCCUAGAUGUAAGGGUCUUCUGCACCCGGGAGGAAAUGACCAUCAAGUACAAUCCAAAAGAUUGGUUUGCCGGCAAGAUCUAUGCCAGCAUGCACUCGAAGGACUGCCUGGCCAGAGGAUCCGGAAACGGCAGUGUCCUUCUGACCUUGCAGAUAGGCAGUGAAGUCAAGGAGAAUCGUUGCGGCAUCCUGCGCGCCUACGAAAUGACGCAAUCCUACCAAAGAACCUUCAUAUCUGCCCUGGUGGUGAUCCAGAACAACCCCAACGUGCAGACGCAGGGCGAUCGACUGAUCAAAGUCGGUUGCAUCCAGAGCAAUGCCACUGCCUCCUUGGGAGUAUCCGUCCGGGACAGCAGCGUCGAUGCCACGGAGCAUGUGCCCAGCGCCAUCGCCUUAGAGUCCUCGCUGGAUUACGCCGAACACAUGUUUCCCCACGAGGGGGUCAUCCACUAUAACAGCAGCAGUGGCCCAUAUCCGCAUCCAAGCAUCUCGCUUCAAGUGGUGGAUCUAUCCCACCAGAGGGAAACUAACGAUGUUCAGAUUGGCCAGAAUCUAGAGCUUCAAAUUGUUGCCGAGUAUAGUCCGGAGCAGAUGGCGGACAACCUGGAGCUGCAGCUGGCGCCCCUGCCCGACUUCCGAGCCACCUCACUGGUAGCCAAGACCUUGGACAAUGAAAAUUAUGUGCUGCUGAUCGACGAGCGCGGCUGUCCCACCGAUGCCAGUGUCUUUCCGGCUCUGGAGCGUGUUCACUCCGCCACCAGGAGCAUGUUGAGGGCUCGUUUUCACGCCUUCAAGUUUGCCGGCACGGCAAACGUUAGCUUCGACGUAAAGAUUCGGUUCUGUGUGGAGCGCUGUUCGACCAGUAACUGUGCCAGUGCAUCGUGGCAAAGAAAGAAGCGACAGGCGACAGACCGAAGACCGGAGGAUUUGAGAGUCCAGAAUCCGGUUUACAUUUCGACCGUUGUGGACGUGGUCCCUGCAGAGCAGCCUACAAACGGAAGCGCUAAAAUGUCCGGCCAGGAGGAGCUGCCGCUGAACUAUAAUCUCCGAGUGCAUGGCCCUGACCAGAGCAACCCAAACAGCUAUAUGUACGGGGAGAGAGGAGUGCUUCUUAUUGCCGGCAUCGAUGACCAGCUUCACCUCGACAACGUGUGCAUAAACCAGAGUCUGUUGAUCGCCCUGUUUAUAUUCUGGCUUAUCUGUCAGGUCGCCCUGCUCUUUGGCUGCGGCAUGGUGUUGCAGCGUUAUCGGAGGCUAGCCAAACUGGAGGAGGAGCGCCGGCGCUUGCACGAGGAGUACCUGGAGGCUAGGCGCGUCCACUGGGCGGAUCAGGGCGGAUACACACUCUAGUUGGCUUUUAAGCUGCGACAAAAUGCGUACAAAAUGCAUCUUAAUUUAAUAAACUUAUGCGAAUCUUACAAACAA